UGACUGACUACCUCUCACUCACUCACUCACUCACUGUCUCUCUGACUCUCUGUGACUCUUUCUCUCUCUCUCCCUCCCUGUUGACUGACUACCUCUCCCCUCACUCACACAUUCACUCACCACUUGCACUAAAGUGCCCGAAAAAAACUAAAAGCAAAAAUAGUAAUGACUGUUCUUUCUGAAACCCUUUGGCCUUUAGAACCCUUUGUGUUUACCAGACUAAAGGUUGAAUCUAAGUGUGUGUUUUUUCCUCCCUACAGUCGGCCAAAGACAUGAUAGCCAGCACAGCAAAUUCCGGGUCGCGGAGAGGAACGUACAGCCAAGAACAGUCCACCAAGAUGUUCAUCCGUGGACGCCCCAUCACCAUGUACAUCCCCUCAAAGAACUACGAGGACCUGAAGAUGGAGCUGCCCUCCGCCAAGCUGGAGCUGGACUGGGUCUAUGGCUACCGGGGUCGGGAUUGCCGUGCCAACCUGUACUUCCUGCCGACGGGCGAGGCGGUGUACUUCAACGCCUGCGUGGUGGUGCUGUACCACAUCAACAACCGCACACAGCGACACUACCGCAAGCACACCGACUGCGUCCGCUGUCUGACACUCCAUCCCGAUAACGUGCGCGUGGCGUCCGGCCAGACGUCCGGCGUGGAUAAGGACGGAAAGCCACUCCAGCCGUGUGUCCACAUCUGGGACUCUAACACGCUGGUCACCCUGCAGCUGAUCGGCCUGGGAACCUUCGAGAGGGGGGUGGGCUCGGUGGCCUUCUCCAUCGCUGACGCCGGGGCCGUGCUCUGUGUGAUCGACGACUCCAACGAGCACAUGAUGUCCCUGUGGGACUCCACCAAGGGGACCAAGCAUGCCGAGGUCAAGAGCACCAAUGAGGCUGUGUUCGCCGUGGAAUUCAACCCGGUUGACGGCAGCAACAUCAUCACCUGCGGAAAGUCCCACGUGUACUUCUGGACCCUGAGCGGUGGGCAGCUCACCAAGAAGCAAGGCAUCUUUGGAAAAUACAAGAAGCCCAAGUUCAUCCAGUGUUUCAUCUUCAGCCUGACGGGGGACGUCCUCACCGGGGACUCAGAGGGGAACAUCCUGACCUGGGGGAAGUCCGCGGCCGACGUGAAGACCCUGGGGAAAGGCGCUAAGGAGACCCUACAGAUCAUGCGGCAGACCAAGGCCCACGAGGGCAGCGUGUUCACCCUGUGCGCCCUGCAGGGCGGCGGUCUACUCAGCGGCGGCGGCAAGGACCGCAGGAUCAUCCGCUGGAGCGCAGACCUAGCCCCGGAGAGAGAGUGUGAGAUCCCUGAGCAGUUCGGAGCGGUCCGUACCAUUGCGAAUGUGGACGGGGAGGAGCUGUUAGUUGGUACAACCCGGAACGCUAUCCUGAGGGGCACCUUUUCACAGGGAUUCGUGGCCAUUGUGCAGGGUCACAUGGAUGAGAUGUGGGGCUUGGCCACACAUCCCUCCCAGAAUACCUUCCUCACCUGCGGCCACGACAGACAGGUGUGUCUGUGGAACACAGAGGAACACAAGCUGGACUGGUGCACUACACUGGAGGAGUACGGCUUGUGUGCAGACUUCUGUCCAAAUGGCGCCGUGGUCUCGGUGGGCCUCUGCACUGGCAGGUGGUUGGUCCUUGACCUGCUGACCAUGGAGGUGGUCACCGACCUCACGGACGGGAACGAGCAGCACUCUGUCAUGAGAUAUUCUCCAGAUGGCAGCUAUCUAGCUGUGGGUUCCCAUGACAACUUUAUCUACAUCUACACUGUGACGGAGAGUGGCAGGCGCUACACACGUUUUGGCAAGUGCAACGGCCACUCCAGCUUUAUAACGCACCUCGAUUGGUCCAAAGAUGGGAAUUACAUCAUGUCAAAUUCGGGCGACUAUGAGAUCCUCUAUUGGGACAUCACUGGAGGUUGUAAACUAUUGAGGAACCGCUUCGAGAGCAAAGACCGGGAGUGGGCCUCCUACACCUGUGUGCUGGGCUUCCACGUCAUGGGCGUCUGGCUGGAGGGCUCGGACGGCACUGACAUCAACGCCCUGUGCCGCUCCCACAGCGAGAGGCUGGUGGCCGUGGCCGACGACUUCUGCAAGGUCCACCUCUUCCAGUACCCCUGUCCAAAGCCCAAGGCCCCGAGCCUGAUGUACGACGGCCACGGGAGUCACGUGACCAAUGUGUGCUUCACGCACAGCGACGACCACCUGCUCUCCAUGGGGGGCAAGGACACCUGCAUCCUCCAGUGGAAGGUGAUCGGAUGUGGGGGAGGAGGAGGAGGAGGAGGAGGUGGAGGAGCUGGCAGCCGCGAGAGACUGGCCUCCACCUCCACCAGCUCCCCAGAACCGACCACUAGCUGAAGGGAAGGGAAUCCCUUCGGCCAUGGACUGCUUAGAGCAGCCUUGUUUCACGGGCCUCGUUUUGGUGGACUCUCCUGAGGUCAUAAAUGCUUCGGCCACCAGAGGGCGACGUAGGUCUUGCCUCUGUCUUUUUUCUUCAUCGCUGACGUCCCCAACGAAAACGAGCAAACGCUCAGAAGAGAAAAAGCAUUGCCACAUUGGAACAUUUCAUUGGGAAUGUUGCCAAUAAGAAAAGCAUAAUCACGCCAUACUCUAUCGAUUCCCAACAUCUUACUGUGCUUGUGGGGUUGGACAUUUAAUAACUGGACACCAUGGCAUCACAAUAGGAAUGUGCACAAUCUACUCAUGCUCCCCCAAUAGCCCAGGAUACACUUGGCAACCAUCUUAUGUCGUUUUAAAUUAAAGUCCAUAUAGAUGUGGAACAGAAAACUUUACCAGGGCUGCAGGUGAUAUUCUAUUACGUAUAACAAUGCAGAUGUUGUACUUCAAUAUAUAAUGAGACAUGGCUAUGCUAUUACUGUUGCAGGCCUACAUUGAGAUGCCGAUUAGAUCAUUGUAUGCGGUAUUUACGGUAUUACAACUGUCAUACAAUGUUAUCUUUACAGUAAACUCCUGACCACCUACAGCCACUAAAUAUACAUUUAGUAUUGAGUGUGUUGUUUUUAGAAUGGAUUUCCUGAAACA